AUGGCUGAAUUCAGCACCACCAAGCUCAACGCCGAGCAGCACCUGCUUCUCGACCAACCGCUGCUACGCAUGCCCUACGAGCUAGCACGCAAAAACUUCAAGACCGCCCAGCGAUACGUCGAGCGCGAGCAAACCUUCGUCACCAAGGAGUUCAAGAGCGCAGCCAACGGCGCCGCCCAAGCAGCCACCACCGGCGACGCCAGCGCCACAUUGUCCCAGCUCGACACCAUGAUCAACCGCAUGCAAGGCCUGAAGCGCAAGCUCGAGACGCUACACAACGAAGAGACGAACAUCCACAAGGCCACCAAGACCCGCAUCCAGCACCUUGACGACCUCUACGGCAUUCCGAGUUUGGCCGACGUCAAGUACGACGAGUGGAGCAAGGUGCGCCUCGACCGCCUUCUGGUCGAUUACCUGCUGCGCAGCGGAUAUGGUGAGAGUGCAAAGGCUCUAGCAAAGGAAAAGGGCAUUGAGAAUCUCGUCGAUGUCGAUGCCUUUGUCCAGUGCGAGCGCAUUGCCGAGAGUCUGAGGAACGGCCGCUGCCAGGAGGCCCUGGGCUGGUGUGGUGACAACAAGCAGGGGUUAAAGAAGCUAGAGAGCAACCUUGAAUUCGAGCUGCGUCUCCAGCAGUACGUGGAGAUGGUCCGUACCGGCAAUACCCAGAAGCUCCAAGAAGCAACACAGCAUGCACGCAAGUACUUGGCAUCUCAUUCAGAUACCAAAUACGCUAUUCGUGCUGCUGGUCUGUUAGCGUUCCCUCCAGAUACGCCCGCCGAGCCAUACAAAGCUCAUAUCCAGUCACUCUACUCCACCGAGCGCUGGCCCAAGCUCGCUGAGCUGUUCAUCAAGACGCACAAUACACUUUACUCACUCCCACCCAACCCUCUUCUCCACAUUGCUCUCUCUGCUGGUCUUUCAGCGCUGAAGACCCCUUCCUGCCACUCGCAAUAUGCAUCAUCAUCUUCCAACGCCAACAGCACUUCCACAUCCGUCUGUCCUAUCUGUUCGACCGAGUUGAACGAGCUCGCCCGUAACGUGCCAUACGCCCACCACACAAAGUCAUUCGUCGAGAAUGACCCGGUCGUGCUGCCGACGGGCAGAAUUUACGGGCGCGCGCGAUUGAUGGAGAUGAACACCAAAUUGGGUACGCCCAAGGGUUUCGUGAAAGACCCCAUGGUGCCAAAUCUCAUCUAUGAGGAGAGCCAGUUGAAGAAGGUCUUUAUUUCGUAG